AUGUCUUUGAACGCUUUUGCAAAAUCAGUAAUCAGCUCUAUGGGUAAAGCAAACCCUGAUAUUGUGCUGGACCCAAACAAACAGGUGGAGUUCAUUCCUACAGGAUGUCUGUCUUUUAACUUGGUGGCUGGAGGAGGACUUCCUCGAGGUCGUCUAACUGAAGUAUUCGGGAUGGAGCACUCAGGUAAGACUGCACUGGCUCUAUCUACACACCAUGAAGUCGGGAAAGCGGGCGGAACCUCAAUCCACAUCGAUGCCGAAUUUGCGUUCGAUGAAAACCACGCUCGUCAAACAUAUCGUCUUGUCCAAAACGAUAACUUCAAAGUAUUCCAACCUGCGUGUGCGGAAGAGGCGGGCCAGUUGUUAGACUUGAUCAUUGCAUCAGGCAUCAAGAUUGACUUUAUCUCUAUUGACUCUGUAGACGCUCUCAAGCCGAAAGACUUGAUUGAAGGUGCGCUGGACAAGGAAGCACGUGUAGGUGCACAGGCCAAGAAAGUAGGUCAAAUCGUGAACAAGUGUCGCUUGUAUGCAAUGAAGACUAACACUGCAAUCUUGUUCUUGAACCAAAUGCGUGUGAACAUCAAUACAAGUAAGUAUGAGCAAAACGUAGGUACUGGCUCAGGCUACAACCCUAUGGAAUCACAUACAGUGCCAGGCGGUUAUGCUCUACGCUUCUACGCCUCUCUACGUAUGAAGUUAGAGUAUGGUGGCAAGAUCGAAAUCGAAGCGGGUGAAAACGCGAUCAGCGGUGAAGCGGAGAAACAACGUACUGGCCAAAAAGUCAAGAUCAUCAACAUCAAGAACAAGGUCGUUGUUGACGACAAACGUAAAGCAGAAGAAGCCCUCGACCGUGGUGAGGCAGCACCUGCCCUUUCUGUUAUGGAUAGUCUCAACCUUGAUGAACGUUCUGCAAUUGAGGAUGUGGAAAUCCAAACAACUGAGCAGUAUAAGACUGAAGCAGAAGAGAUCCUCCCUUCGGACAUGACCAUCCCGAACCAACAAUCGGGAAGCGUCACGGGCCUAGGCGGACAGAAUAAAAAUCCGUUUGCAGAAACUAAAUCGACUAUGGGCCUCUACAAUGAAACGAAUGGACAGUUCAAAGCUCUAUCUGCUACUGAGUUUAGUGAUCACGACACCGAGGGCUUUAGUUUCUUGAUUGAAGUCCCUGCUGCAACUUGUCCUGAGUUUGUGUUAGAGUAUUUAAAGAAUCCAUUCAUCAAGCGAAUUGAUCCUUCUGAAAUCACACAUCACCCUCUAGAUAAGUCUAAGUUCAGCAGUGUCCUAAAAAUAUCUACUUCUAUGACAAUGAGUCUAUGGGGCAAUUUGAAGGCAUCUAUGGAAGCUCGACAAGUAAUCAAAGACUUUCGCGUAGACUUCUUUAUAAGCCCUGAAGCAUACUUAGUUGAGCCAGUAGCAGACGACAGCCUGCUACAUAUCUUAGUGACCUUUAAUGUGUCCGCUGAGUAA